AUGUCAAAAGGUCAAUGCACCGGAGUUGUCUUACGUUUACAUUUUUGUGAGAUACCUAUCUUUUUAUCUAAAUUGAUAAAGUUGCACUUAUCACUCUACAUUAUCUGAUUUUAAUUUAGUAAUUCAAGUACCCCCAUCACAAUGUCUACGACACACAUAUUCAAUGUUGAGAUGACCUGCGAAGGAUGCUCUGGAGCUGUGGACAGGGUGCUUGGAAGAUUAAAAGGUCAAGGUGUGGACAGUGUCUCUAUCUCAUUACCUGAACAGAAAGUGUCUGUAACAUCAACACUUAGUGCAGAUCAGCUACUUGAAGUUAUAAAGAAAACAGGGAAAAAAACCAGCUAUGUUGGCACACAAUAAAAAAAAAACUAAUAAGCAGAUGUAACUUUGUAUUCAGAUGGGCAGGAAUGUGAUAUGAAUAUGUGAAUAUGAUAAGAUAAACUUUAAAGGAUCUUUUACUGAAAUGUGCUGCAAAAAUAUUAAAAAAAAACUCCAAAACCACUGGCACUUUACUCUACCAUCUUCCAAAAUUUAAGACAAACUUUAGUCAUGAUUAUCCGAAAUUCAAAUAGUUAUUAUCUUGAGCAAUGGCCAGUAUUAACUUCAAGAUUUUUGUACUAUAUUUUACAUUAUAAAAAUUGCAGACUUUUAAUAACAGUUCUUCUACAGGAGAAUAUGAAACAGAAGCCCUAAAAAGUACACCUACAAGAUAUCUUUGUAUAUUAACUAAUCUUUUUAUUGGUUGUUUACCUAAGUGAUUGAUAAAUAAUAUUGUUACAUUUUGCUUAUUUGCAUAUAUUGUUUGUUAUUUAAUCAUUAAAAUAAAUCGCAGCUCUGAUACAAUUAGGCUUAUGAGACUAAGGUAUCGAAUUUUUAAGAAAAUAUAUUUUUUAAUAAUAAAUA